GCGUUAUAAUUACGAAUCUAUGUGCCUUUUUCUCCUGGGGUAAAAGCCGUUCGUUGGUUUUUGUCAUGGCUUUUCAUUCUUCAUCGUUAAAAUUAUAUACUUGGAACACUGCAAUUGCCUGCAUCAUUUUAGUAUUGAACUUUUUUCAAGCCACUGAGGGAUGCUUCAAUUCCAUUAUUAGUUUCGGGGAUUCCCUUGCUGACACUGGAAAUAGACUUCAUCUCUCUCAAAACAAAACUCUUCUUCCCCAUUUCGCCGUGCGACCUUACGGUGAAACCUUUUUUCAUCGUCCCACCGGUCGGUUUUCCGAUGGCCGUAUUGUUAUAGAUUUUAUUGCUGAGAGUUUGGGGCUCCCAUUAGUGCCACCAUAUUUGGGAGGAAAAGAUGAGAGAUUCAAGCAAGGUGUGAAUUUUGCAGUGGGAGGAGCAACUGCACUUGAUUAUGCCUACUUGUUGGAGAAGGGAGUAACGCCCGGUAACAAUGUGUCUUUGGGGACUCAACUGAUUUGGUUCAAAGAAAUGCUCUCUUCCCUUUGCAAAUUCCCUUCAGAAUGCAAGGAAUUUCUACAGAACUCAUUGAUAUUGGUGGGAGAAAUUGGAGGCAAUGAUUUCAACUAUGGUUUCCUUGGAAAUAGCACUAAGGAAGAGGUUGAAUCAUAUGUUCCAGCAGUCAUCAACACUAUUAGCUCAGCUAUACAGGAACUAAUCGAGUUAGGAGCAAGCACACUGGUAGUUCCGGGGGAUUUGCCAAUUGGAUGCUCAACAGCUUAUCUGACAAAAUUUAUGCAUUCAGAUAAAGAAAAUUAUGAUCCUAAAACUGGUUGUAUCAAUUGGCUAAACCACUUCGCCCAGCAUUACAAUGAGCUUCUUCAAAAGGAACUUCAUCUUCUUAGAAAGCUUCAUCCUUCUGCUACAAUCAUCUAUGCUGACUACUACAAUGCAGCCAUGCAAUUUUAUGUGUCUCCAAUGAGCCAUGGUUUUACAAAAGGAGCUUUAGAUGCAUGCUGUGGAGCAGGAGGGCCAUACAAUUUUAAAUUUUCUGCAGUAUGUGGGGAUCCACCAGCAAGAAAUAUUUGCAGUGACACUUCACUGUAUGCUAAUUGGGAUGGAAUGCAUUUCACAGAAGCUGCCUAUAAAUGGAUAGCCAGAGGUCUUUUAGAAGGCACUUUCACUUUUCCUCCCCUCGCUAAAAUUUGUACUCCUUUUAAUGCAAAUGUAAACCAUUUUGGCUCUUAAGCAUGACAAGUAUAAAACCAUUUGACUACACUAGCUUGUAUUGAUAUUUUAAAAAAUUCUAUAGUUAUGAAUUAUUUUUGAGCUGUAA